CGGCUCGCCUGGAGACGCUCGUCUUCCUGGUGCCCGUGCUGCUCUGCAAGGAAAUGGAGGCGGACUCAGACGGCUACGACGUCGGCUCGCUGGCGGCCGCCUUCCCCGAUUCAGCCCGUGGGGCGCCGACUCCCUCCUGGAGCCGCUCGUUCGUCGCGGACGAGUCCAUCUCCGCCUGUGAGCCCUCGCUCAACGUCGACCCCGUUGAUGACGCCCCGAACUGCGACGUCGCUCUCGUCGACUCCGCCUACGCCGACCUGGGUGUCUCCGAGAGCCCGA